AUGGAGGAUGGAGUCAAGUUUUGUGAGGACGACUUCAAGCAUGAGUUUGCCGAGAUGAGUUCAGAAACCGUGAUGUUUCCGAAGUACAGGGAAAAAUACAUUGAACAGACACAGAAAUACAUAGAAAAGGCAUUAGAGGCGAAGAAGAUAUCUUGUAAGAUCGACAUGGGAGAAAGAACGAUCGACGUAAUGACAAACAGAAGUACAAGAGACCCGUUUAUAUUUGUUAAGGCGGUUAACUUUGUUAAGCUUGUGAGCCGGGGAGUUGGAAUUGAGGAAGCAAUGAAGGUGUUGGAAGACGAGUACUUCUGCGAGGUGGUUGACAUUAAGAAGAUGGCAAGCUCAGAAAAGGUAUUUGAAAAGCGGAGGGAUAGGCUGAUAGGGCCAAAAGAAAUGACUUUGAAAGCUAUCCAGAUACUAACAAAAUGCCAUGUUCUUGUUCAUGGAAAGACAGUAAGCAUUAUAGGUAGUUUCAAGGGAAUUGAAGAGGUGAAGAAGAUUGUUGUUGAUUGUAUGAACAACAUUCAUCCGAUGUAUCAGAUUAGGAGUCUUAUUGAAAAAAGAAAGCUGGAAGAAGACAAAAGCAAAGAAGGAGAGGAUUGGAGCCGUUUUCUUCCAAAGAUCAAGAAGAGCAACAAGAAGUCAAAGAAGAAAGUUGUUGGAAGACCCAGUGGAAAUAUGCCCCUGGAUGUUCCCAAGAGAAAAGAGGACAUUGAGAUGGAGACUGGGGAAUACUUUGUUGAUGGAGACUUUGAUUUUGAAGAAAGAGAAAGCAGCAGAGAAAGAAAGAAAAAAAGAGAGGAAAAGAAAAAAAGGGAUGUGGAGAAGUAUGUUCCCCCAGACGAGUGA